GGCGGGAGUUUGAAAAUAUUGCAUAUGGCAACUCGUUUUGUUUUGGUCACAUCUGGCUGAGUUAAUUUAACACAGAUUUUUUCAAAAAACCAGUGAUAUGCCGCGAGGAAAGUAUGUUAACCACAAGGGUAAGAACCGCAGGUUCAACAACCCUGAGGAAAUCAACGAGCAAAUGGAGAAGGAAAAGCAGAAACGCGAAUGGAGAGAGAAGCAUGGCGCUGACCCUGAAGAAGAUUCGGCAGAAGAAAAGGGUUCUGGCUCCGAGGCCGGCUCAGACGAUUCUUCUUCGGACGGGGAAGAGGAAAAGGCUAAGGGUGUUCAGCAUCUAAUUGAGGUUGAGAAUCCAAACAGGGUGCAAAAGAAAACGAAGAAAGUGACCGAGUUAAAUACAGAAGCUGCUUCCUCUGCACCUCAGCUUUCCCGGAGAGAACGCGAAGAAAUUGAAAAAGAAAGAGCACGGGCCAACUACCAGAGGCUACACGCACAGGGCAAAACCGACGAGGCCAGAGCGGAUCUUGCAAGGCUAGCGAUUAUUAGGCAACAAAGGGAGGACGCAGCCAGGAGGCGAGAGAUGGAGGUGAAGGAAAGGGAGGCCGCUGCCAAGGCUAAAACGGAUCAGACGAGCAAGGCGCUCGGCAAGAAGAAGUGAUUUGUCAAAAUACUACUGCAAUUGGGGUGAUUACGCCAGCCCACCGUGGGCCGACAGCUUCAUGUAUGAUUUUCCACGAUUUUUGUAUAACUUAAUCUGGUAAUGGAAUUGAUAAAAGAGUAAUAAAGUAAUAUUAAUCUGCACUAAGA